GGGAACUAUGGUUAAGUAGAAAGUCCGUAGUGUUUUACAUGUAAAUGAUAUGAGCAGUGAAAAAAACAACAACAUAAAUGCGCAUAUUAAUCAAACAACACCCCAAGCAGAGCAUGAUCACAGGGAUAAGUGGAGAUAAUGUGGACUAAGUGAUAAAUAUGAGUCACUCAAACUGGAGGCUACUGUGAGCGGGGGCGAAGAGCCAACUGUGGCAUCCAGGCAGAAGCGUCCUCCACUCCGCCUCCUCUGGCUCCUGCACAGGCAGGGGAAGAUCCAUCCGAGGCUCAGGAUGAAACAGAACGGUUCGCCUCGAUUCUGAGGAGGUGCUGCAGCCGUGACAGCCUCAGAGUCCGGCUAGCGCCCCCACCACCGGCUGCAGCAGCAGCGCGCUGCAGGCGCACAGAGCGGACGCAUUGCUGCUCUUCACGUCUUUCUGGGGCUGCUCAUUUGGACGCCAGCGUCCCACAGAGACAGUCGACCGGCAGCGGGUGUCCGAGCUCCCUCUCAGAGGAUGGUGCUGUCCUGAGAGCUCAGACAUGCCAUCUGUCUCUGCUGGAAACGUCGCUGUCUGGGCUGCGAUUCGCUGCGCUCCCUGAGGGAAUCAAAGUUGGUGCAAUGGAGACUUCCGGGAGUGAUGCUGGCGUCACAUACUUGGAGAAAGCUGAUGAGAGAGAUGGAUAUUAUGAUCUGGAGCAUCUCCCUCCACUGCUGGAAGAUGAGGAAAAUGUCUCCCUGGCCGACAUCCUCUCUUUGCGGGACAGCUGCCUGAGUGAGGAGGAGGUCUGGGCCGUGUGUGCAGAGUGUGUUCUGGCCCUGCAGAGCAUCAGACCCUCCCACCUCUUCUACACCUUAUGUAUAACACCAGACACUCUGGCCUUCAACGCUCAUGGGAACGUUUGCUUCAUGGAGCAGCUAAGCGAUGAUCCAGAUUGCUCCUUUGUCCCUCCGGAGUUUGACAACACGGGCAGCACAUUCGAGGGCCACAUUUUCUCUCUGGGCUCCACACUUUCUGCUGCACUGAAAUUUGUCAUAGAGCCAGAGCUGGAGGCUGAGCUGGGAGAAGAAGUUCAGAGUCUGCUGCAGCAGAUGCAGGAGGAGAAGCCUGAGGACAGACCUGAGCUGGAGGAUAUUCUGCUGCUGGCUGAAGAGCAGCUGUCUCAAACAUCUUCUGCUACAGUGUGCCGGAAGUUAUCUUCAAUUGGACGAAGAGUGCUCUCCAUUGAAUCAGUUUCAAAUAUUCAAGAUGAACAGGAGGAAUCUUUGGAGGAAAGAUGGCAUCAUUCCAAAGCCAAAUGUCUUUUGAAAAGACUAAACUCAGAGGACAAGACCAAAGACCUUUCUGACACCUCUGGGUCAAACAGCGUGUCCCGCCAGCAGGUAGUGUGUGGGGCCUGGGAUUCCUCUCUAUGGGCCGAGGAUAUGGACAGCGGUGAGGCAGACGGCAUGAGUCUGACAGAUGAGAUGGAUUGUCGGUCUUACAACAGCUCCCCAGUGAAGAGGAGAUCCCAGCAGAAGUUCAGAGGAGCAAGGGGAGCUCUUAAUCGCUCCUGCUCGGUGCCGGACUCCAACAAUCCCCCGUGUGUCUCCACUCCACCUCACGGAGAUAUCAGCAUUCCUGUUUCUGACCUCACGGAAAUAGGAGCUGACGAACAUCUAGACUCAAAGUCUAUGUGGAGUAACAGACUGGAGAGACUAAACCGGGGCAAGUCCUGUGAGUCCUACCCUCACUGUAGAACUCAGGAUCAGGAAAAUGGAUUGCAAGGAACCGAUCGGGUAGACUCUUGCACAGAAGAAAUAAAUAUUCAAGACUGUGUCCAGCCCAUGUCACGGGGAUGUAUCCAGGACUUGGUCGCCUCCUGUGCCUCCUGUCGAGAACUGGAGAUGGCACAAAACUCUUUAGAGGACGAGAGCGCGACAAAACCCAGCAUUUCCCUUUCCUAUAACUACAUGACCAAAAGCAUGCUGUGCCUGAACGAAGAGUCUCAGGAUGAGUGGAUCUCUCUCAGGGAGCUGCUGACUCUUUGUGGACGGAGGCUUACGGUUAACGAGCUGUGGGCUUUGUGUUUCACCUGCCUGUCUUCACUGCAAACUUACACUGACUUUCCAGCCUAUUUAUGCCUGGACACAGUUUAUGUGAACUGCAAGGGAGAAGUGAUUUUUCUCAAACCUAAAACCGUCGAAUCUCAUGAUGGUUUUUUUCUUGCACCUGAGUAUCAGGAACACGGUAUUGUAACUGAGAAGGUCUGUGUGUACGGGGUUGCUGCGAUCCUCUGGGCGUCAGCCAAGUUCAGCUUAUCACCAAACCAGAAGCUGGCGAUGCCUCGUAAAAUGAAGAGACUCCUCCUGGAGAUGGCUAAGAGGACCCCCAUGGAGAGGCCAACCAUCGUCAUGGCAAAAAAGAGCUGCAUCUGUAAUCUUUCUCGUCAGGGGAUUAGCGCUGAGACUGUCUGGGGAAACCUCAUCAGCAGAGUUCACCCGCCAGCUUCAGAAGGCCACAAUACUGAUGAUUUGAGUGAAAGUAAUAAUCAGAGCUCAACUGAUGAGCCCCAACCAAACAGUGGCUUUGUGCCCAUGGCCACUGAGAGCCGACUGGCUCCUGUGCCUGGCCCUGUUCCCCACAGCUAUCCUGAACUCCAGCUCCCAGAAGCCUUCACUUCCACUGCCACACACUUCACUCCAAUCAUCCUGACCAGUGAAGGGGAAACAGAGGAGGAGGAGAACCAGCAUCUGGGAACUGUCACUCUAGGGACAGCAGACAGACUGAUGAAGAGCAGUGUUGAUGCUGCAGAAGGCUGCCUACAUGUCCCUCCUUCUGACGCCAGUCUACAUUCAGAAGAGCUGACUGAGUUUCACACAGUCAUGAGCACCUCUUCCAAAACGUCCAGCACAAUACCCGAGGACUCUCCUUCAGCUCUCUCUGAUGUUUCCCUCCUUGAAGUCUCCCUUCCCAGUCUCUCUUCCCCCUUAUCCACUAACCUCAACAGCUGUGGCAUUUUCAACAAUUACCUCUUUUGGCAGGAUCCUGUGACAGGACAUCUGUCCUUGGUGCCCGUCAAGGUCAGGGCUCCUGAGUCUCUAGACGGGUUGGACAUAAACCCGUCUUUGGUCCCUCAGUCUUUGCUAGGCCUGAUAACAGGUCAGGAGACCAACCUGUUUUUUGACUCUGUGAGUGUUACUCUGAGGCCUGGGACUCAGGAUAUAUUUUAUUUAAGUGGUAGCUCCACAACGUCAGACGGCUCUCUGGAUCGUGCUUCACAUCAAACGUACUGUGGGAAAACAGAAACCAAAACCCAGAGCUCUGCCUCCAGAGGUCAGCCUGCCCUGCAGGACGUGAUCGAACUGCUCAAAGGACACUUUUCAAUUAAGGGACAUUUAGACAAUGGCCGUCAAGACGUCAUGAUGGGGGAAUACCUUUUCUGCUUGAAGGGACUCCGGUACCAGCAGUUUGCCAGUGUAGUGAAGGAGAGAUUCUGUGACCUGCACUGGGACGAUGACUUACUGGGUGUGUUGCACUGCCUGGUGAACUACAGCUGUUCAACACUCGCCCCAUGCAGAGACCUUAAUGAGCAGACUCCAUCUACGGCUGUGAGGAGGGCAGCCGUCACUCCACCCUUCACCACGGCUGCCUGCAGAGGGAAGACACAAGUUUGCCUGCACAGCUGUCUCGAUCUGAAUGGAAACAUUCACGCUUCUCGUCCCGUUGCUGGCGGGAUAUGGGAGGGAAGUGAGGCGACAUCUUGCUGUGGGGAAGAUGAGACGGUGCUGGAGGGUGCUGAAAUAAGAUUGGAGAAAAAUCGGUUUUGGAUAGGUCAAGGUGUGAAGGCAAACAGUUCAGAGUCUGGGGUUAUGGAAGCAGGAGGUCAUUCAGCGGGUGGCAGCGAUGAAAGCCCCUCUGAAGCCGAGUUUGUGUCAGGGAGAGAGGAAGAUCUGAUGGGAGCCCACGAUGAGCAGAUGAGUCCUGACCACUCGGAGGACAUGGAGGACAGUGACUCUCUGGUGUCGGAGCGGCUCGUUUCGCCCACGUCCACGACAGGCUGCACAGGCCUCAGCUUCAGCCCGGCCUGGGCCCUGGCUCUCUUUGGAGAAGAUUGUUUUAGUCAGGAGGUGAUUGAGUAUGCAUUGAAUCUGGGAAAGCACACAGGAUCGCCGAGCCUGGAAGUGAAAGUGCAGGAAGUGCAGCAGCAGCUGAUAAUUGAGACGAGGAAUCUGAAGAAAACCAGAAAUUUCUAUCAAAAGCUGAAGAAUCAACAUGAGAGAAAAAACAAAGGUCCUGAAAGCAAACUGAUGCUCUCAAAACUCAAGUCACAGCUUGAAGAACUCAGAUCCAAGGUGGCCUUUUUGGAUUGUGUGAAGAAAUAUCUUGAGGUCCUCAGCGUUGAUCAAUGGGGUCUGGAAGUUUCUCUACUGCCCUCUCUGGCUGUCUGUGGAUGCCACUCCGUGAACCUCCAGUCCACUGAGGACCCCUCUGUCCUGAGCUUUGGUAGCAGUAAAGGGAAGAGGACUCUGCAGGCCGGCUCUCCUCUGGGACUCAUGGCUUACCUUUAUGCCAGAAAUGCUGCUGCAGAGGGCUACAUCCAACAGUUCCUGUACACAUAUCGUUUCUUUUGCUCUCCUGAAGAACUGCUGCAGUUCAUCAUGGAUAAGUUCAUCAGUGCUUCAAGGGAGGGGCCAGAGAUGUCAGGGGACAGUGAAAGGAUCUUCCAUCGCAGCCUGGACCUUCUGCAGAUCUGGGUGACAGACUGCAAAUCAGUGGACUUCACGCCAAAGUCGAGUCUUGUGGAGACUUUAGAAACAUUUCUAAAUACAGAGGUGAUUCCAGUUGACAGUCAAGGUGAGGCUGUUCUCUCCGUCCUCUACAACCAUCCAAACUCCGCCACGCUGAGUCAGGUUACAGGAAGUUUGAUCAGCCUGAAUGAAGAAGAGGACUCUGUGUGUUUGCAUUCAUCUUCUGAGGAUCUUAGCAAGAAGUGGAGGAUCUCACGAGUUGUGGAGCCCUCUGCUUCCAUGUCUAAAGAGAAGACCUUCUCGAUUGCUGCAGCCCUGCCUGCUCCUUGCUACGACUCCCUGAUGCACGAUUUGUCCAACGUGUGCCUGCAGAGUGAGGAGCGACUCCCGUUCAGCCAAAAGGAGCUCAGCGCGCUGCACAUAGCCCAGCAGCUGACGCUCCUGCAGCAGGAAGUUUUCCAAGGAUGUCAUCCAGUUAAUUUCCUGAAGUCCAGAACACAAGGAGUCAGAGACAAACUCUGCAGCCCAAACAAGAACGUGUCACAGCAUAUUCCGCCAGCAGAGGGCAGCAGUGGGCUUGUACUAGAGGGGAGCCUGUCAGACAGCUUCCUCCAGCAGCUGCUCACAUACGCUGAGAGUGUCACUAACUGGAUCUCUGCAGAGAUAGUCAUAUGUGACUCUGCAAAGCCCCAAGCUGCCUUGCUGACCAGGUAUCUAUGGAUUGGAAAGUAUUGCUAUGAAAUGAGGAACUUUGCUACAGCCAUGCAGGUUCUCGGAGGUCUGGAGAAUAUGACUGUCAGGCAAUUACCAGCUUGGAAACACCUGGCUUCCAAAGUCUAUGAGAUCCUGGAGGAGCUGCGAGCCGUUCAGGUGUUUCUGAAGAGCGAUGACCUGUGUCUGAUUGGAGCAGAGCAGAAGAGGACGAGGCCCACACUGCCGUCCGUUCACAUCCUGGCUAUGCAUGUACAGCAGCUGGAGAUCGGUGCAUUCACACUAACCACUGGGGCUUAUAAGUGGACCAAACUCAGGAACAUCGCAAAGGUUGUGAGUCAGGUCCAUGCCUUCCAGGAGGUUGUGUACCCGUACAGCCCAGACCAGGACCUUCAGGCCUACCUGCGCCGCCGGAUCGCCCGGUUCGCCACCACGGACAUCCACCUGCUGGCCGCUGACAGCGAUGCCAACUUUCAACGGUCCAGCGAGCGUCAGACACGGAGGAUCCACGACACGCUGAGGAGGGUGAAAGCUACUUUCCAGUGAAGCCUGCUUUGCCUCAUUUUAGAGAUGAACUUCAAAUCCAGGACAUUGCCCUGCGUCCAGACUUAUUACGCUGCAGUGCUGUGGAAAAGUAUUUGCUCCCUUACAGACAUCUUCUGUUUUUGCUUCCUUGUCUCAGUCACAUGUUUCAGAUGAUCAAACAAAUUCAAAUGUCAGACAGAAUUAUCUGAAAUACCAAAAACUGCUU